GUGGCUUACAUCUUUUUAUGACAAAGUACCAUUUUCAAAGCUACUUGUGUCUAAUUGUCCUCACCAUCAUGUCUUCCUCACGCAACCCUGCAACAAAACCCUAAAAUCUACCCUUCACUUACGAAGUGGAGCUUUCAAGUUUUAGUAAUGGCAGAAUCUAAUGGAUACCCAACUUACUGUGACCAACAAAGCAGAUCACGAUCUUCUUCAACAUCGACAACGAGUAUUCACGUAACAGCACUUGACGGUCUCGUAAACGUCAACUCCCUCUUCACAAUCGCCGUCUUCGUCGGUCUCUCUCUCACAACUCCCGGCCAACGCAGCCUCGAGAACCGAUCCGCCUGUGACGCCGAUAUCUCCGUCGCCAAAAAGCUUUUGGUUUUUGAAGUUGUAUCGUUCAGCUUUUUCCUUUUCUCAUCUCUGGUUGCUCAAGGUCUUAAACUCGCCAUCAAUCUGCUCAACAGUACCGAUGUUGAUGAGGCUUUUAGGGCACACAUUAAUCUCAAGGCGUUGAGGUUCGGGAUGCUCGGAUCGGCUAUCGGAUCGGUUAUGGGGUGUUUGUUCCUAAUGCUCUCGAUGGUGAAUGUGAUUGAGAUUCGAUUGGGGAUGUUGUCUUGUGGAAGUAGAUCCACUGUGAAUGCUGUUGCCUCCAUGAUUGUCCUGGUGACCUCUGCACUUUUGGUUUAUAUUUCCACUGCUGUUUAUGCAUUUUUACAUUAGAAUCGUUAUAUAUUCAUCAACUAACCCUCCCUUCAACUUUUAAUUUCAAGUUUGUUUGAUUAAAAAUUGUGAUAAUGCUUGAACAAUACUUGAAAUAUUGCCCUUUUGAAUCACAGUGGUUGAUCUCUUUUCA